AUGUCCGAUCCAUCUGAAGUGACGGCGUUGAUCUCAAUAUUCAAGCAAUGGGACAUGCAAGCCCUGCUUAUCAGUGGAGGAGAGCAAUGCAUUAGAUUUUCCAUCAAUUUGAAAAGCCAGAGAAUAAUCCAGCCAUCACUUGUGACUGUACUUAUGACAAAAAUACUACCUGCCACAUCACCAAACUUUCAUGUUCUGGACAAACGAGGGGUGUUUCCAAAAGAAUUUGAGGCUUUAAGAUAUCUGGCAGUUUUGUAUGAAGUUUUUCCAACUCCCUUCUCAUAUAAAAGACACAGGAAACUUGAUCUGAACUAUUUCACCGGUCCCCUACCAGCAUUCAUCGGCAAUAUGUCUGCGUUGAAAAUAUUGUCCUUUGGAUCAAAUAAUUUCUCCGAAACACUCCCUCCAGAACUUGGUAACUUAGUCAAUCUCGGGCUAUUUUACAUGGACAGCUGUGGACUCGGUGGAGAAAUUCCUUCAACAUUUGCUAAGCUCAUCAACAUGAAAAUCCUCUAUGCAUCAGACAAUCCUUUCUCAGGAAAGAUACCUUCUUUCAUUGGAGAAAACUGA